GUAGCUGCAAGUUGUCUCUCUCUCUCUCUCUUUUUUUUUUCUUGAGAGAGAGAGAGAGAGAGAGAGAGAGAGAGAGAGAGAGAGAGAGAGAGAGAGAGAGAGAGAGAGAGAGAGAGAGAGAGCGCGGCGAUGGCGACUUCGGCACCUUUGGGCAGCGGGCCGGCGGCGUCAGUGCCGACGGGAGUGAACUGGAUCGUAUCGUUUAUGCGUACCUCAAAAAGCGCAAUUAUCACAAAACGUUGGCGGAUUUGCAAUCCGAGUCAAAGGUGUCACAGCUCGACAAGGCGCUCGAUGGUGACAUUGAUGACCCCGAGUCGUUGGUGGCCACUCGCCUCGCGUCCUACGCCAGCGAAACCACGCCCCAGCAGCUCAUUGCCUCCUAUGAAAGCCUUGCCACUUGGGCCGAUGCCACGCUUGAUCAGUACAGAACCGAGCUGCGCCAGCUGCUCUUCCCCCUCUUUGUCCUCUGCUUUUGCGAUCUCAUGAAUCGCGGCCAAGAGAAGCACGCCGUGGCAUUUGUGGAGCGCUUCUACCGCGAUCAUGCCGAUGAACAUCCCUCACACGUUCAACAACUGCGUGUCAUCACCAACCUCGAGCAGCUUCGUCGCAACGACCUGAUUCGCCUCUACGUGAAUAACAAAUACGACAUUGUUCUCUCACAAUUUGCCAUCAAUCUCUUUGUCAACUUUGUCAAAGACAACGCGUUCAUGGCGCUCCUUCGUCUCACGAACCAGUUUAUCCGUCUCAAACAGGCCCGAGGCGAUCCCAUCAAUGAUCAGAGUGGCCUGCGCAUCGACAGUGACAAGAUGGAAAUCAACGAAACGCCCGUCCAUUGGGGUACCUUUCCUUAUAUCGACGCAGCCGCCGAGGAAGCCAGCGAAACCACUGCAGGCGAUGAAGCCGGCGCUGAAAACAAGCCAGCCAAACGUGCCAAGCAGGUUGCAGACGAGAAUGCACCGCCUCAAGACCAGCGCCUGGUCUUCCCGCCCAUGGGGCGCGAAGAGAUUGAGGCACGACUCGAGGCACUAAAGCUGGCAAGUGAAGCAGCGCAAGCUCCCGAUACCCUGCCCUCAACAUGCAUGUACACCACGUUUCACUCUCGCAAUGUCACCCAUAUGGCCUUUUCCAUGGAUGGCAAGUUGCUGGCAACGGGUCAGGAUGACAGCAUUAUCACUGUCUGGUCCCUUACUCAGCAUGACCUAUACGACUUUUUGCCGCCCGAGACCAUGCGCAAGGUUCAGAUCGAUGAAUCGACCUCGCUGAACGACUUUUUGGACCGCGAGUCGGGCACCAAGACUAGAUCGUUGGUGGGCCACAGCGGGCCAAUUUAUGGGCUCUCCUUCUCGCCGGACCAAAUGUACCUACUGUCCAGCUCCCAGGAUAGCACAAUCCGCCUGUGGUCCCUCUUGACUUGGUCAUGCCUGGUGGUUUACCGUGGCCACCAGUAUCCCGUCUGGGAUGUUCAGUUUAGUCCCCUGGGCUACUAUUUUGCCUCGGCAUCCCACGAUCGCACGGCUCGCUUGUGGAAUACGGAGAAAAUCUUCGCGCUACGCAUUCUCUCCGGACAUCUCUCUGACGUCAAUUGUGUCAAAUUUCACCCCAACUGCAACUACCUGGCCACCGGCUCGGCCGACAAAUCGUGUCGCUUGUGGGACCUGCCAACGGGCAAUUGCGUCCGCAUUUUCCGUGGACACAUGCAAGUCUGCUCUCGUCUUGCAAAUACAAAACAAAACAAAGCGAAUCCCUCUUUGGAUGAGGUGCACACGCUCGAGUUUAGCAACAAUGGUCGUUUCCUGGCAUCAGCCGCGGAUGACUGGGUGAUUAUGAUUUGGGACAUCAAAACGAGUACGCGCAUUGCCAACUUUUGUGGCCAUCGCAAGAACAUCUACAGCCUGUCCUUUAGUAUGAAUGAUAUGAUGUUGGUCUCGGGUGGUGCGGAUAACACGGUGCGGGUGUGGGAUUGCAAGGCCCUCAAGGCAGCCUACGAGUCUAUGGCAGAGGUGCGCGCAGCCACUGAGCCCGUCAAGCCUGGCCGUGCGUCAGGGGCGUUGCUCAAGACCUACUACACCAAGGCCACCCCCGUCUAUGCGCUCAAGUUUGCACCAGCCAACUAUGUUAUCUCGGCCGGGGUAUACAACCACGCUGAGGCACAGCCAGCGCCAGUGCCAGCUACCACAAAAAAGGCGUGA